AGUAGUAAGUACAGUGGGUGUCCAAGAGGUGCAGGAACCUUUCUGAAAAUAGGCUCUGGCCACACCCAGGAAGGAGCAACUAGUGCACUGUCUCGGGAUUCCAUCCCGUGAAACAGCGCCCGGCCGAAGUGGAACUACAACCCCCAGGCUCCCCGCGCAGCCGCACAUGGUCCCGCAGCCCCUGAGAUAAAAGCGCAACGGCGCUGCUCGGUGGAGACCGGGUCCCCAGUGCACAGGAACAACUCGGUAGCCAAGGUUAGCGCGGCGCCGCCGACCAGAGGAGUGAAGACCUUCCAACAGCCUGAUGGCCUUCCCUAAGAAGAAACUCCAGGGUCUUGUUGCUGCCACCAUCACUCCAAUGACAGAGAAUGGAGAAAUCAACUUUCCUGUCAUUGGUCAGUAUGUGGAUUACUUGGUGAAGGAACAGGGAGUGAAGAACAUUUUCGUGAACGGCACCACGGGAGAAGGCCUGUCCCUGAGCAUCUCCGAACGUCGCCAGGUCGCAGAGGAAUGGGUUCGUCAAGGGAAGAACAAGUUGGACCAAGUGGUGAUUCACGUGGGAGCACUAAACUUGAAGGAGUCACAAGAACUGGCCCAACAUGCAGCAGAAAUUGGAGCUGAUGGCAUUGCUGUCAUUGCGCCUUUCUUUUUCAAGUCACAGAACAAAGUUCGUGCUGAGGAGCUGCUCGACGGGAUUCAGGAUAAGAUCCCCUCCUUUCAAGGACUGAAGUUCAGUGACACUGACCUCUUAGAUUUCGGCCAGUGUGUCGAUCAGAAUCACCAGCGACAGUUUGCUUUGCUGUUCGGGGUGGACGAGCAACUGUUGAGUGCUCUGGUCCUGGGAGCAACUGGAGCAGUAGGCAGUACCUAUAACUACCUGGGAAAAAAGACAAACCAGAUGUUGGAGGCUUUUGAACAGAAGGACUUGGCGUCAGCACUAAGUUACCAGUUCCGCAUCCAGAGAUUUAUCAACUACGUGAUCAAGCUAGGUUUUGGAGUGUCGCAGACCAAAGCCAUCAUGACCCUGGUCUCUGGGAUUCCAAUGGGCCCACCCCGGCUUCCUCUGCAGAAAGCCACCCAGGAGUUUACUGCUAAUGCUGAGGCCAAGCUGAAGAGCCUGAAUUUCCUUUCUUUCCCUGGUUUAAAGGAUGGGAACAUGGAAGCCUGUAGCUAGUGCCUGAUAAAGUCUGAGACUUUAUCUUCAAUAGUUCAUUCUUUUCUCAGGGAUUUUUUAGGUGAAUGUGAACUAAGCUUUCUUUUAGCAAGUAGAACCCCACACUAAUCAAGAAAUAUUUAAGUAUCACAUAUGAACCUAAACUUUUUUGUUAUAAAGGAGUCACAAACUUUCAAAAGAAAUAAGGAAUCUAUUGUAAAUGUAUAUGCGCUUUAUCCUUUAAAAUGUCUUUCCAAAGGAAUCCAUAACUGAAGUCAAGAUAUAUUGAAAGCUUUAGUUAUCCAAGAGAGAAGCCUUUAGGAAUUGCUGUUCGACUUGUAGGUAACUUUACAAAUGAAAACUUUUCAAAUAGGAGAAAAUAGAAUUUAUCAUCAGAUAGCUAAAGAUUACCUUCUUUGCCUGAAAACCAGAGUGCUGAUGUUAGCCACCCCUGUGUAUUGUGAGCGUCUUCUCACAGGUGCUCCCCUCGCACAUUCCUCGGACGCUGAAAGGAAAAGAAGCAAUCCUUCUACCUUGACUGGGACGGUUGUAGUGAUAUGAGCAAUGACAGCAAUGCCUUCUUAUUUGACCCCUUUCUAUUUAAACACUACUUGAUACCUCUUUCAUAAGACUACAUGAUGAACAGUAGUCCCUAACGCCACACACACUCAACAAAAACUGUCAGCGUGUAAUUAGUAGGGCAGCAAGAGAGGGGUGAAACUACAGACAGAAAAUAUAAUUCACUGUGUAAGUAUAAUACGGAAGUUUUUGUAGACUAAAAAUAAAAUGUUUAACCUAAACUUAAAUCUUAGUAUCAAAUUAAUUUUACACGCUAGUGAGAAGUCCUAUUUAAAGUACCUGUGUAUAUUGUUUUGUAUACGCGCAGUAUACACAGAAAUACAUAAGCAGAUUAUUAAUCCUUCUAAACAUGAAAAUUUGAUGUACUGAGUCCUUUUAUAGUGAACUCCAAUGGCCAAUAAAGAUCUAAAGUCACAUUAAUUAGAGUGGAACACAAACUAUGUCCCAUUUUCCUUGCUUUAUGGGUCUGUUGGUUUUUCUUUAUAUUUCAUUUCAAUGUAAUGGACCAAAGUGUCAUCCAACACUAAUAAAGGGAUGCAUAAAUUUUUAUAGUUACAUUUUGUACAAACAAUUGCCACUACUGUUAAUACCUAAAGCCUCACCCCUACCUCUAUCCUGGGGUAGGAUCUAAUUAAAAUUAAUAUAUUCCAUGUGUAAAACAAAAUAAAUACAAAUAAAGGAAUCUCAAGCCCUAAGCCAUUCAUUUCAUAAAAUUAUUGUAGAGAAAUCACUCCUUAUACAGAUGCAAUGGAACCAAGUGAAAAUUGUAAUAAUAAUUACAAUUAUUAAUUAAUUACAUUAGUUAACAUAAUUCAUAUUACUAUAUUAAAUGCUGUGUUGGUUAUAUUAUUCUGAAUAAAUUUCAUCUGCCUUUUGGGAGCA